AUGCGUCAUCAACCACCAAUUCAUCAUCAACAACAACAAUUACAACAACCUUCACCACAACAACAAACUCCUCAAUUACAACAAUUACAACAUGGUCAACCGAUUCAACAACAUCAUCUUCCUCAACAAACUCAACAAACUUCUGAUUCCCAAAUACAAAUGCAACAUACUACACCUAAACCAAUGGGACGUGUCAUUAAUCAACAACAACAACCUUCAAGCUUUCCUCCAACAAAUAUUCAAAAUACUCCAAAAUCCGCUAAAAUUACACCUAAUAACUCUGAUAUACCGACUGGUCUUCCUCCACAGAAAGAGCAUAAACCAAAGAGGCCAAUGAAUGCAUUCAUCAUAUUUUCAAGUGAACGUAGACCCGAAUUACAAAAAAAUGAUCCUAAUAUGCAAACAGCUCAAGUUAGUAAAAUUUUGGGAGAAGAAUGGCAAAAUAUGGAUCCU